GACAUUCAAAGUAAACACAAACUGCUUUACUGCAGCACUAAACAUGGUGUCCCAAUUUAGCGGUGUUUUGCAGUUGACAGAUCUAGAUGAUUUUAUCACUCCUUCCCAGGAAUGUGUGAAACCAGUCAAGGUGGAGAAGAAGCAAGGCAGAUCUGUGGCUAAAAUUCAAAUAGAAGAUGAUGGGAGCUAUUUCCAGGUUAAACAGGAUGGUGGAAAGCAGAAGCUGGAGAAAGCUAAGAUCACUCUGAAUGACUGCCUGGCCUGCAGUGGCUGCAUCACCUCAGCUGAGAGUGUCCUUAUCACACAGCAGAGUCAUGAAGAGAUCUACAGGGUGCUACGCAACAACAAGCAGGCAGGUGUAGCAGAGCAGAAGGUGGUGGUGGUGUCUGUGUCCCCACAGUCCAGAGCCUCCCUGGCAGCACGCUACGGCCUGAGCAGCAGUGAGGCAGGCAGGAGGCUCACCGCCUUCUUCAAGGGUCUGGGGGUUCACCACGUGUUUGACACCAGCUUCAGUAGGACCUUCAGCCUGUUGGAGAGUCAGAGAGAGUUUGUGGAGCGGUUCCAUCGGAAGGAGCAAGACAAGCAGGCCCUGCCCAUGCUGGCCUCUGCCUGCCCAGGUUGGAUCUGCUAUGCAGAGAAAACCCAUGGAGAGUUCAUCCUGCCCUACGUCAGUUCCACCCGCUCCCCACAGCAGAUGAUGGGCUCUCUGGUGAAGGGCUUCUUCGCUGGCCAGCAGGGCCUGAACCCUCAGCAGAUCUACCAUGUGACUGUGAUGCCCUGCUAUGAUAAGAAACUGGAGGCCUCCAGGCCUGACUUCUACCUGGAGGAGGCUGACACCAGAGAGGUGGACUGUGUCAUCACUUCAGGAGAAGUUCUGAAGAUGCUGGAGGAAGAGAAAGUGUUGCUCAGCGAUGUGGAGCCAGCCCCAUUAGAUACAAUGUUCAGCAGUGUGUGUGGUGAUGAGUUGCUGGGUCAUGCAGGGAGCGGUUCAGGAGGAUACCUCCAUCACGUGUUCACACACGCUGCCAGACAGCUGUUUGGAGAGGAGGUGAAGGAGCUCACAUACAAGACACUCAAGAACAAGGACUUCCAGGAGGUGACCCUGGAAAGGGACGGUGUGGUCGUGCUGCGUUUCGCCGCAACCUACGGUUUCCGCAACAUCCAGAACCUGGUGCAGAAACUGAAGAGGGGAAAUUCACCCUACCACUUCGUAGAGGUCAUGGCCUGUCCGUCAGGUUGUCUGAAUGGGGGAGGCCAGGUGAAGCCCUUACCAGAGCAGAACAACAAGGAGUUGCUGCAGCAGUUGGAGGAUCUGUACAGGGAGGAGCGCCCUCUAGUGCCAGAGGAGGACCAGCGCGUGGCAGAGCUGUACCAGUCCUGGCUACAGAGUGUAGGAGAGGAGAGAGCCAGGGAGCUGCUGCACACACAGUACCAUGCAGUGGACAAGGCCACCAACGGACUCCUUGUCAAAUGGUGAAGAAGAGGGUGAAAGGAUGUUGAAGGGUUUCUGUAAGUGAAUGUUCUGUCCUCAAGUGUCAGGGUGCAUCUCAAUAGUCUAAAGUAGCCUCCUCUGUUUCAUCUCCAUUGAGUUUAACACAGGUUAGGUGGAAGCAACAUGGCCGGUUCUUGUUGGGUAUUUUCUGUCACCUGUCUAGUUGUUUAAUAUCAGUAGAAAUAAAGAAAAAGGCAUGAUAGGACAUCUAUUUGGCUAUUGAGAUGCAUCCCUAUUCUAGGAUUAUUUGAACCAUUGCGUGAAAUCACAAAACUUGACCUUGGGUUAAUGUUUAUGCUCUAUCUGUUCUGGAUGACUGAAUUUAUCACUUUCCUUCACCGUCUCUUUCUUGUCUCUCUCCUCUCUCUCUGCUUUUAAGGACCCCUCAUCUCUUUUCUCUGUCUAUCUAUUUCUCUCUUAUCUAUCCUUCUGUCUGUGCUUAAAGGACUGUCUGUCAGGUCAAAUAGAGCAUUAUCGCCAAGUGUUUAAUUACUGUGGUGGCCUGUUAUUUAUACCAACAUAAAGCCUGUAUACAUUCAGGCUAUCAAUUCUAUACGCACAAGCUAAUUCAUACCAGACCACUGGUAAUGUGGUUGGAUAAUUAUUACUACAUUUAAGUGUGCACUAAUUAUGAAUACAGCAGCAAAUUCUGUUAUUUCACUUGUAUGCACUGAAAAGUAUUUGUUGUACUCUUGAAAUGUUUUCUGAUGCAAUUCUAAAGAAAUAUUUUAGUUUAAAUGUAUAUCAUUUCUGCCUUAUUUAUAAUGAAAAUCUAUGAUACAUAUUUUGCAUAUUAAAAUGUUACAUUAGUGUAACUUUCAAGUACGUUA